AUGUCAAGUUUACAUUUUCUAGCCCUCAUAUUAUUUUCAUUUAAAAAUAUUGCCAAUUGUGCAACAUGUGAGUCAUAACUAUUUUUCCGAAAAAUAUUGAUAGAGAUUUUUUCAGUGCCAUUUUCAGUCAAAAUAAGCAAAGAUGGAAACAAUAUACAAAUUGAAAAUGCGGAAAAGGAUGAAGAACAUAUUUUUGUAGAAUUUCGAGUUGUGGAUUCUGAAAAAUCUCCAUGGAACGAUGUCCCAAGUAAUAGUUUUUCAAUCAAAUGUUGAUAAAGAUCUUUUUUUUUCCAGUGUCAAGUUUAAGCAACUAUCAUCUCAAAAACUUUGAAGAAACUAAAACUUAUGAAUUUCGACUUGUCAGGAUUUCAGAAGAUGGAAAAACAAAAAAUGUGAUAUCGGAUUCACAUUUUGUUACAGCAAAAGAAAAAGAAGAUGUGAUUUUUGAUAAACCUUUCUGGAUGAUGAUUUUUGUUGUAUUUUUCUAUAUUUUGUGCCUUCUUUGUUGUUUUUGUACUUUUUAUGCGUUUGUUCCGUAAUUUUUUGAAGUAGGAAUAAAUGUAGAUUGGCUGGAAUCGGAAUAUGUAGUUCAAUUGUUUUUACACUUAAAAAUAAUGAAAAUAUACCAUAGUGUUAAUUCAUGCAGAAUUUUCGGUCAUUCCAAAUACAUCAGCUCUGAAAAUGCUUCAAAAAUUAUCCACUUCUUAACCCUUUGAAACUUUUUUGUUUAUCCAAACAAAAAUCCUACAUUUUUAAUUAUCCAAGAAAUCCAAUUUUGGUACGUCACAUUUUUCUACCAAAACCAACACAUUUUUCAAUUUAAUCAGAAACAAAAGUUCCUCCCAAAAAUCAAAUAGAGCCAACCUUUCUUCUGCUCAUUUUGAAAAAAGUCACAUCUUCUGUCUGUCGGUCAGAAUAAAAUUGAUUUUUUUCAGGGAAAAAUGUUGUUUUUUAUGGUUAUCGCUUCAGUAUUUCUAACCUUUUCUAAUGCUACCAGUAAGUCAAACAAUCUCAGUUAAAUAAUAAUUAUACAAUCUAAAUUCAGAUGAUCAAAACUUCAAAAAUCUUGGUCAAGAAUCAGAGAAGUUGGAGUUCAAUUUGACAACAAUUGAACAAAAAAAUGUUGGUGUAGAAUAUCGAGUGGCAAAUGAUAGUAAUUCAGAAUGGAAAUAUAAUCCAGGUUCGUCAGAAAAAAAUUAAUCAACUAAUAUUUUUAUUAUUUUACAGUUUCGUUAAUUUAUAUGCUAGCCGAUCUCAAAAAUUCUACAGUUUAUGAAUUGCGAUUGAUCAAUAAACAAACGCGAGCUCCAAUUCCAGAUUCAAAUUUUCUCUUGGAUACUUCGGAAGACGAUUUUCUAGAUAAAGAUUCAAUUAAAUCUGGUCAAAAAUCGACAUUAUACUGGAUUAUCGUCGGUGCAUUUGUUAGUGUUAUUUUCUUCCUACUUGCUUUCCUUUUCAAAACUAUUUUUAUUGAUUAA